UGUAGUUCCGGCGCGGAGCACGCUGGGAUAGCAUCCGGGUGUCCCGCUGAGGAGAGGGUGAGCGGCAGCUGGGCUCUUUGCACUGUCGGAGUUUCUCUCUCAGGCACAGCCUCCUCCCUCCGACCGGCGCCAUGGCGAUGCAAGCGGCCAAGCGAGCCAACAUUCGGCUGCCUCCAGAAGUUAAUCGGAUACUGUAUAUUAGGAACCUGCCAUAUAAAAUCACAGCAGAAGAAAUGUACGAUAUUUUUGGGAAAUACGGGCCUAUUCGACAAAUCAGAGUUGGAAACACUCCUGAAACUAGAGGAACAGCCUAUGUGGUCUAUGAAGACAUCUUUGAUGCCAAAAAUGCUUGUGAUCACCUAUCAGGAUUCAAUGUGUGCAACAGAUACCUUGUUGUUCUCUACUAUAAUGCAAACAGGGCAUUCCAAAAGAUGGACACAAAGAAGAAGGAGGAACAGCUUAAACUUCUCAAGGAAAAAUAUGGAAUUAAUACAGACCCACCAAAAUAAACUGCUCUUUUUGGUAAACUGUUUUCAAAACCUGCCACUGAAUUCUUGACCUAAACAUAGGAAUUCUCAAUUAAGUAUAACUUUUUCCUUUAAAUCUUAUAAGCUGUAAUUUGAAUCUUUAGAUCUUCACAUUAGAAGUAAAUAAAUGUAAAACACUGGAAGAUCUGCUUUAAGAUUAAAUCCCCAUAAAUAGACACAGCUUCUCUGUGUUGUCAGUAACAGUGCAGCGUAACCCCAGUCCUGUUUCUAGCAGUACCUUUUAAGAUGGGACCAAGCAGGUUGAGCAUUUUGCACCUCCUGAAGUUCCACCCAGCCUUCAGGUGGCAGCAGUUAAUCCAGAGAGCUGCAGGCAGGUAAAUUUCAUUUGCUACUUUCUGAAAAUGGAGCAUUUCAGGUAGUCUCCCUGUUACAGUGAUUUUUGUGUGCUUUUUAAAGGAUAAUGGAGUAUGGUUUGAUACUUCACACCUGUAUAUUUUACCCAAAUUGUUGUGCUUUUCUCCCUCUAGGAGUGUGUGUUUGAAGGAAUCUCACUUCCUUAUGUGAUCAUUAGGUGGCUGCUUACUAGAAACAAAGCAAGCCCAAGUCCAUGCUUAUAAGUUUCUUUUACAAACUACAGAAAAUCAUUUACCUUUUAAAAGAAUCCAACUGUUCAGGUGACUUCAAUCAGAUUGUUCCCAGUGACUGAGACAGAGCUGAUAAGCUGCAGUAAAAGAAUCUUCCUCUAAUCGUGCAUCACUGUAGGGUGAUACAGGGAAGUUACCACGUAUACCAUGUUAGGAGUGGCAGGAAUAAACCUGGUGCCUUUUAAUGUUAAGUAGAGAACACCUGACCAAAACAAGGGAGUAGGUGAAGGUGGUAG